AUGAUGAUGAAUUACUUUCCUGACGAGGUCUUAGAACACGUAUUCAAUUUUUUGACAUCGCACAAGGACCGAAAUGCGGUGUCUAUGGUGUGCAAAUCAUGGUACAGAGUCGAGAGGUUUAGCAGGGAGAAGGUUUUCAUAGGUAAUUGUUACGCCAUCGAUCCGGAGAGGUUGAUCUCGAGGUUUCCUAGGGUUAGGUCUCUCACCUUGAAAGGAAAGCCCCAUUUUGCGGAUUUCAAUUUGGUGCCGCCCGAUUGGGGAGGCUUUGUUUACCCAUGGAUAGAAGCCAUGGUAAAAUUGGGGGUCCAUCUGGAGGAGCUUAGGUUGAAGAGAAUGGUGGUUUCCGAUGAGAGUCUCGAGCUUCUUUCGAGAUCUUUCGUCAGUUUCAAGUCUUUGGUUUUGGUUAGCUGUGAAGGGUUCACCACCGACGGUCUUGCCGCCAUAGCCUCCAAUUGCAGGUUUCUUAGGGAGCUGGACUUGCAAGAAAAUGAAAUAGAGGAUCGUAGAGGACACUGGCUUAGUUGCUUUCCUGAUAGCUGCACCUCACUUAUCUCCUUGAAUUUUGCAUGCCUCAAAGGGGAAGUUAAUUUGGCAACUCUUGAGAGGCUAGUUGCGAGAUGCCAUAAUCUCAGAAGUCUGAGGUUGAACCAUGUUGUGCCCCUUGAUACCCUCCAAAAGAUUCUAGGGAAAGCGCCGCAGUUAGUUGACCUAGGGGCAGGAGCUUUCGUUCAUGAUCCAGAUUCUGAGACCCUCAACAAACUAAAGAAUGCUAUCCAGAAGUGUACAUCAAUCAGGAGCUUGUCAGGUUUCUUAGAGGUUGCUCCUUGCUGCUUACCUGCAAUUUACCCCAUGUGCUUGAACCUGACCUCCUUGAACUUGAGCUAUGCUCCAGGGAUCCACAAUAACGAACUUAUAAAGCUAAUUCGUCACUGCAGGAAACUGCAGCGCCUAUGGAUAUUGGAUGUAAUUGGGGAUAAAGGGCUAGGUGUUGUGGCUUCUACUUGUAAAGAACUGCAGGAGUUGAGGGUCUUCCCAUCGGAUCUGUAUGGGGUUGGGAAUGCUGCUGUAACUGAAGAAGGCUUGGUUGCUAUAUCAGCUGGUUGCCCCAAGCUUAACUCGGUCCUGUACUUCUGCCAGCAAGUAACCAAUGCUGCUCUCAUAACCGUGGCCAAAAAUUGCCCCAAUUUUAUUCGUUUCAGAUUGUGCACACUUAACCCCACUAUAGCUGAUCCAGUGACCAUGCAGCCACUAGAUGAAGGUUUUGGGGCGAUCGUUCAGUCGUGCAAAGGUCUUAAGCGGUUGUCGCUCUCUGGGCUUCUGACUGACCAGGUUUUCCUCUACAUUGGAAUGUAUGCUGAGCAGCUGGAAAUGCUUUCAGUUGCGUUUGCUGGGGGCACUGACAUGGGAAUGCUCUAUGUGUUGAACGGGUGCAGGAAGCUUAAAAAACUAGAGAUCAUGGACAGCCCUUUUGGUGAUGUGGCACUUCUAGCGGACAUAGGGAAGUAUGAAACAAUGCGAUCCCUUUGGAUGUCAUCCUGCGAAGUGACCCUUGGAGCCUGCAAGACGAUUGCAAAGAAGAUGCCGAGACUCAAUGUGGAGAUCAUUGACGAAGGUGACCAGAUGGAGACUAGCCCUGAUGAUAGACACAGAGUAGAGAAGAUGUACUUGUAUCGAUCGCUGGUUGGGCAUAGGAGAGAUGCACCGGAUUUUGUGCGGACGUUGUAG